GGAUCCGGCGGCCGGGCCGGGGACGCCCGGCACCGCCCCCUCCGCGAUCUCGGAAGGCCCUGGGUUCACUGGACCGCCUCGGCCGCGCCGGAGGAGGGCGGGGAAAGGACCAUGUGAAUGGGCUCCGGAGCCUGAGCGCCGCGCAGUUCUUUGAAGAAGCAGGAUGCUGAUCUAGACGUGCAUAAAGACCAGUCCUGCAGCUGUUUUAGAAGACAUGUGGUGUAUAUAAAGUUUGUGAUAGUUGGGGGAAAUUAGGAACUUAGAUAAUGGGCUGUGUGCAAUGUAAGGAUAAAGAAGCAACCAAACUGACAGAGGAGCGGGAUGGCAGCCUGAACCAGAGCUCUGGGUACCGCUAUGGCACAGACCCCACCCCCCAGCACUACCCCAGCUUCGGAGUGACCUCCAUCCCAAACUACAACAACUUCCACGCAGCAGGGGGCCAAGGACUCACUGUCUUUGGGGGGGUGAACUCUUCGUCUCAUACUGGGACCUUGCGUACAAGAGGAGGAACAGGAGUAACCCUGUUUGUGGCCCUUUAUGACUAUGAAGCACGGACAGAAGAUGACCUGAGUUUUCACAAAGGAGAAAAAUUUCAAAUAUUGAACAGCUCGGAAGGAGAUUGGUGGGAAGCCCGCUCCUUGACAACUGGAGAGACGGGCUACAUUCCCAGCAAUUAUGUGGCUCCAGUUGACUCCAUCCAGGCAGAAGAGUGGUACUUUGGAAAACUUGGCCGCAAAGAUGCUGAACGACAGCUUUUGUCCUUUGGAAACCCAAGAGGUACCUUUCUUAUCCGAGAGAGUGAAACCACCAAAGGUGCCUAUUCACUUUCUAUCCGUGACUGGGAUGAUAUGAAAGGAGAUCAUGUCAAACAUUAUAAAAUUCGCAAACUUGACAAUGGUGGAUACUACAUUACCACCCGGGCCCAGUUUGAAACACUUCAGCAGCUUGUACAACAUUACUCAGAGAGAGCUGCAGGUCUUUGCUGCCGCCUAGUAGUACCCUGUCACAAAGGGAUGCCAAGGCUUACCGAUCUGUCUGUCAAAACCAAAGAUGUCUGGGAAAUCCCUCGAGAAUCCCUGCAGUUGAUCAAGAGACUGGGAAAUGGGCAGUUUGGGGAAGUAUGGAUGGGUACCUGGAACGGAAACACAAAAGUAGCCAUAAAGACCCUGAAACCAGGCACAAUGUCCCCUGAGUCGUUCCUCGAGGAAGCGCAGAUCAUGAAGAAGCUGAAACAUGACAAGUUGGUCCAGCUUUAUGCAGUUGUGUCUGAAGAACCCAUCUACAUUGUCACCGAGUACAUGAAUAAAGGAAGUUUACUUGAUUUCUUAAAAGAUGGAGAAGGAAGAGCUCUGAAAUUACCAAAUCUUGUGGACAUGGCAGCACAAGUUGCGGCAGGAAUGGCUUACAUCGAACGCAUGAAUUAUAUACAUAGAGACCUUCGAUCGGCCAACAUUCUAGUUGGAAAUGGCCUAAUAUGCAAGAUCGCUGAUUUUGGAUUGGCUAGGUUGAUCGAAGACAACGAGUACACAGCAAGACAAGGUGCAAAGUUUCCCAUUAAGUGGACGGCCCCUGAAGCAGCCCUGUAUGGGAGGUUCACAAUCAAGUCUGAUGUGUGGUCUUUUGGAAUCUUACUUACAGAGCUGGUCACCAAAGGAAGAGUGCCAUACCCAGGCAUGAACAACCGCGAGGUGUUGGAGCAGGUGGAACGCGGCUACCGGAUGCCCUGUCCCCAGGACUGCCCCAUCUCGCUACAUGAGCUCAUGAUCCACUGCUGGAAAAAGGACCCCGAAGAGCGCCCCACUUUUGAGUACUUGCAAGGCUUCCUGGAAGACUACUUUACUGCGACAGAGCCCCAGUACCAGCCUGGUGAAAACCUGUGAGACCUGGGUCUGCAGAGAGCCUUGUGCAAGAGGCUGCCCCGCCCCCUUCCCAUUAGCUUUCAAUUCCGUAGCCAGCUGCUCCCGAGCGAGGGAGCAAGGGAGCGGCGAGAACCGUCCAGGAUCAGAUUGCAUGUGACUCUGAAGCUGACGAACUUCCACAGCCCUCAUUAAUGACACUUGUCCCCCAAAUCCGAACCUCCUCUGUGAAGCAUACGAGACAGAACCUUGUUAUUUCUCAGACUUUGGAAAAUGCAUUGUAUCGAUCGAUGUUAUGUAAAAGGCCAAACCUCUGUUCAGUGUAAAUAGUUAACUCCAGUGCCAACAACCCUAGUGCUUUCCUUUUUUAAAAAUGCAAAUCCUAUGUGAUUUUAACUCUGUCUUCACCUGAUUCAACUAAAAAAAAAAGUAUUAUUUUCCAAAAGUGGCCUCUUUGUCUAAAACAAUAAAAUUUUUUUUCAUGUUUUAACAAAAA